GUGUCACGUGCACGUAUGCUUCAGCACGCUGGUGGCGACGUUGUGAAGUCACAUGAUAUUUGUAGACUAUCCUCGUUGACUGCCUGCGUGUGCGUCAUUCAUUUGGAGGUGGCGAUAUGACUGUCGGAGAGUUUCUCGAGUCACACGUCUGGGUUCCUAUCCUUGCUGCUUGUGGUUUGGGAGUGAUUAUAGUAUUGCUUGUAUGGUGUAUCUGCUGGAGGCGGCACAGAAGACGAACCGUGUAUGUACCAUUAGCCGGCUCUGUUAGCGAAAAGUUUGACGGAGAUUUCUCAGAAUCCCUUGAGUUGAGUAACCAUAGUAUUGAAUAUAAACACCAAGAGAGUGCUAUGCUGAGAUGUCAGUAUUAUUUGCGAACAACCCAACUGUACCACGUCAUCAGUCAACACGAGCAAAUGGGAUCACGAACAAACAAGAACUGGUUUCUCGUAAAUGAACCCAAUAGCCAAGAAGACCUUUUACUCUGCAUGCUCCCUAACAGCACUUCGUUUAUUCUUCCUUUCACGAAGCAAACGGCCAAGACCCUAAAAGACGUUUUUGGCAGUUUGAAGCAUCCGUAUGUCCAACCAAUUCGAGGAGUCGACUUCGAUUCGGAGCAAUGUUACACGGUGCUAGUGCAGCCGUUCAGUAGCAGGGGCAGUCUGAGAGAUCUCGUUCAUGGGGUGAGUCCGCUCGAGCGCUCGUCCAAGAAAUACUCCAAGAGAGGCAAACCAUUGAGUAGUGCUGUUGUAGCGAGCUAUGGUCGUCAGGUUCUUGAGGCUUUGAACUUUUUAAAGAGUAAAGGCUUUCCGCCGUGCACGAACUUACACACGGGGAAUGUUAUUGUGUACAACAGAGUUUGCCGUCUGAGUGGCCACGAGCUCUCUCUACUGGGUCAUAUACCAAAGAUGAAGAAAGCCAUCAACAAGAAAGACAAAGACGUUUGGGAACCGAUGCUAUUUGGGCAUAUGGUGUAUGAGAUGGCGUCUGGUUUGGCGUUGCCCGAUCACGCUUGCUCAAUGCACGAGAAAGAUUAUAGACAUUGUGAAUCGUCGCCGGAUGUGACACAGGUGUUGCGGUUCAUAUUUGACAAUGAAAGUGGCCAAUUUCCUUCAAUUGAUCAAAUUUGCAGUCACCCAUUCUUUGCCAAUGUCGUGUUGAAGGAAUUACGAUCAUAUAAUCCGUCUACAUUUACUAUCUCAUCAAGUGGCAAGUCUCUUCUCAAAGCUGUUCGAAAAGGCAGAGCACCAUCAUCAAGGAAGAGCAAGUCACUUCACCGAGUAGACGACACAGCAAGUGAGGCUUCAUCAAGGACUUCUUCACGUGGUCCAUCGCGCGCCAGCUCACGUAGACCUAGUAGCGGCCAUUCAACUACUACGUUUUAUUCAACACUUCCUGCUCGCCCCCCUGCUCCCAUAGUCGCUAAACAUCGACCCGCUUCCAACCCACUGCCAUCUGGGGCAGGAAGAGGUGCAUUGCUGAGUCAGAUUCGUGUUGGAAAAAGGCUCAAGAAAACAGAAUCGAAUGACCGAAGUGCAGCUAGGAUUUAGUGUCUAGUGUGGAAGCUUACCAGUUACUGGUAUCCACUGUCCUUCUAGCAAUACGACUUAGUAGAACAAUCGAGGUACAACAUACCAUGCAUAUAUAUUAUUUUGUGACAACUGACAAUAGAAGAGCACUUGUGUAAAACUACAAUCAUAUCUACAGCUUCGCAUGUCACG